GCCCAUAAGACCAACCGAAAUUUGCCGCCGUCUUCCAUCUUCCUUCCGUCCGGUGGAGUGACGUCCUUUGACCCGACGAGAUGGAGAUGGGCACGUUGGACGCGCGGCAGAACUACUCGGGCACGUACAGCGCGUGGCUCACCAAGAUGAAAGGGGAGGGCGCCAGGGCCAGAUGGUUCUCCAGCACCACGAAGCGCUACUUCACCCUGGACUUCAAUGCCCACCUCUUCUUCUACGCCCAGAGUGAGAGCCAGAAGACGGUGUCCCAGCCCAUCCGCUUCAAGGACAUCGUGGCGGCCGAUCAGCUGCCGGACGCUGGGGUCAAGGGCGAGCACCCCUUCGGGUUCUCGGUCCUGACGGUGGAGCGGACCUACGAACUCUUUACCCACUCCUACCAGGACGCCGAGCUUUGGGUCUCCGCACUGAACGCGGCCCGGGACAUUGCAAACGGCAAAGUGCCUGGUAGCCAGGCGCCCAGCUCCACGACCCAUGCAGGGAGCGUGGACUACGGGUCCUCUUCAGUCUCCGAAAACGGCGAGCGCACGCGGGCUCCCUGGGAGCCCCCGCCCGUGGCACCGAGGUGGCAGGAGCCGGCCUCCGCCCUGAAGUCGGUGGACGAUGUAGUAUUGCCUCCACCCCCUCCGCAGCAGGACCCCUUCGCGGCGCUGGAAGAGCUGGCGGAUCUGGGCGAUGUGCCCGAGAACGGCUCCGCGGUGGACCCGGAGCUCCAGGGCGAGCUGCUGAAAGAGGCCCGCGCCCGGGUCACCGGGCAGAUGACCGCGAAGCGGAGUCUCAAGGAGAUCGAAGCAUCUCUGACGCCAGCGCCCCCAGCGCCGAUGGAAACUGCAUCGGUACCGAGCCCCGCCUUCCCCCCCACCCCGGCGACCGCCGGCAUCGCCCCCACGGCCGGCAUCGCGCCGCCCGCGGGCAUUGCCCCGACGGCCGGUAUCGCGCCGCCAGCAGGCCUCGGGGGCGUUGCCCCCCCCGCAUGGGGCGCGGCGCUGGCCGAGCCGCGGGUGGAUUGGUCGGCGGAGUGGGCCCUGACCUCAGCGCCCGCCCCAGCUCCGGAGUGGGCCCCAGCGCCCGCGCCGGAGCCCGCGCCGGCGCCGGAGCCCGCGCCCGCGCCGGAGCCGGCGUCCGCACCGGCGCCGCCAGAAGAUGACUGGGACGCGCCGGAUGCAGCCCCGAUGCCUCAGGCACCAGUGCCUCCGGUCAGUGCCGACCCAGACGUGGGCGAUCUGGACGAUUUGGUGGGGGAGAUGCUGGCGACCUCCACGGAUGUCAGCGUGGUUGGGCACAAGUUGCUGAACAACUUCCACUGCAUUGGCUGCGACUUCCAGGUGAUGGUCUGCGAUGACUACAUCUGGAGCGAUGACGUCGAGUACAUGUUUUUCAGGAACAACUACCCAGACUUCAUGAAGCUAAGGAGUCGGCUGGCGCCAAGGGAGGGCUGCCGCGCCUAUUGCUGCCAGCGCCUGAAAGAGAAAAGAGAGUCUAUGCCAAUGCUCCUGGAAGUCGGCAGCGACCGGGGCGAACCUCCAGGAGGUGGCUGACGGCCUGCGCUGGCGGAAGAUCUGAGGGCAAGCGUCCAAGCGGCGGGAACAACUCGCGCGGCGGCUUCCUUGCCAGUGAAGGUGAUCCGAGUGAAACCUUCCCACA